CGUCCUUUUAGUUUUCGGCCCGGCGUCACCGGUAUCUAUGGCUACUGAGAUGACGCGGGGCAUGCUGGGAUACCCUGCGUGGGGAUUGCGAGUUGGAGAGCGGCUUGCUGUGUCUGCUGCAAACCACAAUGUCUUCUCCUAACAAAGCUGUUGAGCUGCAGUUACAAAUGAAACAAAAUGCAGAAGAGCUGCAGGACUUCAUGAGAGAGUUAGAAAGCUGGGAAGAAGAUAUAAAGCAGAAAGAUGCUAAGUUGAGUAAACAGACUGGUGGCGAUGAAGAGACGCUGCCACCUAUUAGAAACAAAGACUACAGAAAAAAGAAAAAAAGCAGAAGCAAACCACCAGCUGACAAGAAGGCCUCUGAGGAGACCAAAAGACCCAAGCGGAAAUUACUUGAUUAUGAAUACUGGGACAAGCUGGAUGUGGACAAAGCAUUGCAGGAGCUUGAUAAAGAGGACAAUACUAAUGAAUCCAUGUCCACAGAGUCUGAUUCUGAAGAUGAAUAUGGAAUAACUAUUAAUACAGAAAAGGCUCUGGCAGAGAAAGAAAAGGGAAAUAAUUAUUUUAAAGCGGGAAAGUAUGACGAAGCUGUGGAGUGCUACACAAAAGGCAUGAAUGCUGAUCCAUAUAAUGCAGUCUUGCCUACAAAUCGUGCUUCUGCUUUCUACAGACAAAAGAAGUUUGCUGUUGCUGAAUCGGACUGCAAUCUCGCUAUUGCAUUGAAUAAAAACUACUGGAAAGCUUACGCACGGAGGGGAGCCGCUCGACUUGCUUUACACAAUUUGCAAGGAGCAAAGGAAGAUUACGAAAAAGUCCUUGAACUGGAUCCAAACAAUUUUGAGGCCACAAAUGAAUUAAAGAAAAUUGCAAGGGAGUUACCGACUUCCUCUAGUUCUCCACAGGAAAAAGAAAAUGUAAAGGAAAAUACUGAUGUUUGUGAAGAAGAAAAUGAGUGUAAAGGUGUCCAACAGCAGAAACAACAAGCUAUCGUACAGAAAGACCUGGGUAAUGCUUACUUUAAAGAAGGAAAAUAUGAAAUUGCUAUUGAAUGCUACACACAAGGCAUUGAAGCAGAUGAAACAAAUGCACUGCUACCAGCAAACCGAGCCAUGGCAUAUCUGAAGAUUCAAAAAUACAAGGAAGCAGAAGAAGACUGUACACAAGCUAUAGCUUUAGACAUUACAUAUGGAAAAGCUUUUGCUAGAAGAGGUACUGCAAGAGUAAUGCUUGGAAAGUUGAAGGAAGCAAAAGAAGAUUUUGAAAUGGUUUUAAAAUUGGAUCCUGGAAACAAACAAGCAGUAUCAGAACUGGCUAAAAUAUCUCGGGAACUUGAUGAAAAAUCAAUAUAUACGAGCCAACACCAAUCUACCAGCGAAAGUAAAGGAACAGAUAAAAGACGCAUUGUUAAGCCAAUAAACAAACCUAUACAUCUAAGAUCCAGUAAACCUAUGAGGAGGAUGGCAAUUGAAGAGGUCGGAAAUGUAUCAACAUCAGUAAAUUUUCUGAAUGGAAGUACUGCUAAUAAUUCGAAUAUCAUGACCCUACCCGAGGAUGAGAGUAAAGAAGAUUUGUGUGAUAUAGAACCAAUUUCCAUGUCACCGGAUGUUUCCAAUGCAAAGAUAAUAAAGAUAGAGGAAAUCAGUGAUCUGCCAACUGCUCAGAGUAAUUCAAAUGAUCAUAUUCUGUCUCAGACACGACUGCCAAAAAGUAAAGGAGAUAUGUCCGCUUUAUCCCCAUCACUGAACAAUGACAUUCCAGGAGUCCCUGCAAAUUCAUUUCAACUUGAGUCAGACUUGAGAAGACUGAAAGGGAUCCCAGACAUGUUAUACUUAUACAUAAAACAAAUUGAACCCUCGCUUUACACUAAACUUUUUCAAAAAGCUUUGGAUCCAGAUGUGUUCAAUGAAAUUUUGAACAUUCUACGGCUCAAGUAUAUUGAAAAUGAGGACGCAGCCGUUGUGCUGGAGAUCUUACAAAGGUUUUCUCAGCUUAGCAGGUUUGACAUGGUUGUAAUGUUUUUGUCAGGAUCAGAAAAAGAAAAUGUGCGCGCCUUAUUUGCUUACAUUGAACAAUCAGAGAAGACUAAUGAUUCUAUUCUGACUCUAAAGAAGAAAUAUGGCCUUUGAGUAUUAUUACAAGCAACAACACAACAUAUAUAGUAAAUGUACAUUUUAGAAACUGCAGUUAUCAUGAAGGAACCAUAUGCUGAUUUCCUGACAAAAUUAAUUUAACUGAAAAUCUUUAUAAAAUAAAUUUUGAUAUGUCAGCGUUUCUGUUUGUGCUUCUACUGUUGACUGAGAAUGUCAGAACUAUUGCACCUAGCAUGACAAACAUGCCAUUGUGUUUUCAGAGCCUGUUGCAUGUUGAGCUAUCUGACGAUGAUACUACUCUGGUCAUGCAGUUCUCCCUUUGGUUCCGUGCUCCCUUUGGGUGAUAUAAGUUUUGCUGCCUUUUAAUAAGAAUAAAUGUAUCAUUACAAGACAAACAACAAUAUUACCUUGGUGCAACUUGUUUUAGUUUUUUUAUAAGUAAUAAAGGGAAGAAUCCAUUCCCCAAAUAGAGAGCCGUAGCAGAACAAGAGAAUGGGGAUUAUUUCCUGUAUAAAGAAUAAAAAAGGUAUUCAUA